GAGGGACCCCGCGCUGACAUUGAGGCGGGGGUUCAGGAGGCCUGGUGCGUCUCCUGAGCGCGCGGUGGGGAGCGAGCAGGAGUAAGGGGUUUGGGCUCAGAUCGCGGGGUCCUAGGAGUCUGUCCACCUACUAUAUGCAUUUCUAGGCCCAGGGAAGCCUCCUCGCCUGGAGGUGCCGAGUAGGGGGAGCCAGAUUUGGGGGCGUGCGACGAGCAAUCAGGCUAAGAAAUGGCAUUUCAAAAGGCAGUGAAAGGGACUGUUCUUGUUGGAGGAGGUGCUCUUGCAACAGUUUUAGGACUUUCUCACUUUGCUCAUUACAGAAGGAAGCAAGUGAACCUGGCCUAUGUUGAAGCUGCAGAGUGCCUUUCAGAACCUGUGAACAGGGAGCCUCCUUCCAGAGAAGCUCAGCUACUGACUUUACAAAACACGUCUGAAUUUGAUGUCCUUGUUAUCGGAGGAGGAGCAACGGGAAGUGGCUGUGCACUAGACGCUGUCACCAGAGGACUAAAAACAGCCCUUGUAGAAAGAGAUGAUUUCUCAUCAGGGACCAGCAGCAGAAGCACUAAAUUGAUCCAUGGUGGUGUGAGAUAUCUUCAGAAGGCCAUCAUGAAGUUGGAUAUUGAACAGUAUAGGAUGGUAAAAGAAGCCCUUCAUGAACGUGCCAACCUACUGGAAAUUGCUCCCCAUUUAUCAGCCCCUUUGCCUAUAAUGCUUCCAAUUUACAAAUGGUGGCAGCUACCUUACUACUGGGUAGGAAUCAAGCUGUAUGAUCUGGUUGCAGGAAGUAAUUGCCUGAAAAGCAGUUAUGUCCUCAGCAAAUCUAGAGCCCUUGAGCAUUUCCCAAUGCUCCAGAAGGACAAGCUGGUUGGAGCAAUUGUCUACUAUGACGGACAACACAACGAUGCACGGAUGAACCUUGCCAUCGCUCUCACUGCUGCCAGGUAUGGGGCUGCCACAGCCAAUUACAUGGAGGUAGUGAGCUUGCUGAAGAAGACAGACCCCCAGACGGGGAAAGAGCGUGUGAGCGGCGCCCGGUGCAAGGAUGUCCUCACAGGGCAGGAGUUUGAUGUGAGAGCCAAAUGUGUUAUCAAUGCUACGGGACCUUUCACAGACUCUGUGCGCAAAAUGGAUGACAAGAAUGCUGAGGCUAUCUGCCAGCCGAGCGCGGGAGUCCAUAUCGUGAUGCCUGGUUACUACAGCCCAGAAAGCAUGGGACUUCUUGACCCAGCAACCAGUGAUGGGAGAGUUAUUUUCUUCUUACCUUGGCAAAAGAUGACAAUAGCUGGCACUACUGAUACUCCAACUGCUAUCACACACCAUCCUAUUCCUUCAGAAGAAGAUAUUAACUUCAUUUUGAAUGAAGUACGUAACUACUUGAGCUGUGAUGUUGAAGUGAGAAGAGGGGACGUCCUGGCCGCAUGGAGUGGCAUCCGACCCCUUGUUACAGAUCCCAAGUCUGCAGAUACCCAGUCAAUCUCCCGAAACCAUGUCGUCGAUAUCAGUGAGAGUGGUCUUAUCACCAUAGCAGGUGGAAAGUGGACAACUUAUCGAUCUAUGGCAGAAGAUACUAUAAAUGCUGCUAUCAAGACUCACAAUUUGAAAGCAGGACCCAGUAGAACAGUAGGACUGUUCCUUCAAGGUGGUAAAGAUUGGAGUCCUACCCUCUAUAUUAGGCUUGUCCAGGAUUACGGACUUGAAAGUGAGGUAGCACAGCAUCUUGCUGCCACGUAUGGAGACAAGGCUUUUGAGGUGGCGAAAAUGGCAAGUGUGACUGGAAAAAGGUGGCCUAUUGUUGGAGUGCGUCUUGUGUCAGAAUUUCCAUAUAUUGAAGCAGAGGUGAAAUAUGGGAUUAAGGAGUAUGCCUGCACCGCAGUGGAUAUGAUUUCACGUCGUACUCGCCUGGCCUUUCUAAAUGUCCAGGCAGCCGAGGAAGCCCUCCCCAGGAUUGUUGAACUGAUGGGCAGAGAACUGAAUUGGGAUGAUCGUAAGAAACAGGAAGAACUUGAAACAGCCAGGAAGUUUCUGUAUUAUGAAAUGGGCUAUAAAUCUCGAUCAGAACAGUUAACAGAUCGCUCUGAAAUCAGCCUACUGCCUUCAGAUAUUGACAGGUACAAGAAGAGAUUUCAUAAGUUUGAUGCAGACCAGAAAGGCUUUAUUACGAUUGUUGAUGUUCAACGUGUAUUAGAGAGUAUCAGUGUCCAAAUGGAUGAAAAUACACUACACGAAAUUCUGAAUGAAGUAGAUUUGAACAAAAAUGGACAGGUUGAACUCAAUGAAUUUUUACAGCUGAUGAGUGCUAUUCAGAAAGGAAGGGUGUCUGGAAGCCGGCUUGCCAUACUAAUGAAAACUGCUGAAGAGAACCUCGACAGAAGAGUUCCAAUUCCGGUGGACCGGAGUUGUGGAGGAUUGUGAGUCUGAGCAGUAAAUCCACAGCCACCAAACACAGGAACAGCAAAUCACCACGUAGCAACCUACCAGGGAUGACUUAAACCACUGUAAAAUAGUGGAUAUGGAUGCUGCCUUUUUAACACUGGAAAACAUUCCGCAACUUUAGGAUGUUGGUGUGUUUGCCAACUUUAUUUCCUGAUACUUUAUUUGUAUUUGCCAUUCAUUCUAACUUCUAAAAUGUAUAUUUUAUCUUUUUUUUUCUCAUUUCAGUGCACAUUGAUUUGAUAUUUGCAUCCAUUUUGUGACCUGUUAGACUUGACACGAUUCCUUUUUGUUUAUUCAUCCAUUUUAAAUCAGUGCUAGAGGCAGAUAGUGUGGACAGAAAUUGAAGCUAGAAAAUUUUUGUGAUUCUUCUUGAUAUUAAGCUUGUAGAUAGGAUUCGUUCUUAGAAAGUGACCCAUUGAAAUGAUAGUGUUUCUGGAAGUUUCUCAGCCCCUUCCUCCUCUACCAUGUCUACAUUCCUAACCCAAACAAUAUGCACAAUUUUACAUCUAGAGUGUGACUGGCAAAAUGGGAGAGGGAAGAAAAAGUUUUUUAUCUGGUUACAGGCACGAGUAUCAAAGAGAAACUCUGAAAGCUUCCAGAAUCACAGGUAUAAGAUAAGGAUAGCGUUGACAUUUGCUGGAAGUUAAGUGAUAGUUUCAACUCAGCAAUGCAUUUUUUUCCCUCGGAGACUGAGGAAGUCUCUGCUGGUUUUCUUUGACUAUUAUAGUUGCCAGAAAGAUCUUCGCUUUUCUUAGUUUAAAAACAGCAUUUAAGUGGCAAGUUGGGUGUAAUGAGAUGAGACCAAAUUUUUCAAAUUUUUACAGUAACUAUACUGUUAAGGGUUAAAAACAUGUUUUUAUAUAUUUACAUAUAGAAUACACUUUUCAACCCCCAAACCCUAGAUUGUUGAACUUGUGGUAUUGUUAGACCUGGUCUAUCUUUUUUUUUUUUUUUUUUGGGUCUUCCUAUUUUGUAUUUUCAAAGAGAGAGCAAAAGGAGGUAGAAUAGACUGUAGUUAACAUGAAUUAAAAUUAUAUGUAAAAUGAGCACCAUGAGUCAUUGGUUAUUUAAAGCCUUUUUCCUCCUGUACUCAAUGGAACAAUUCUGAAUCAACCAAAAAUAACAAUAAAACAAAACAAAAACACAACACAAAUACAGACAUACACACACAGACACAAAACCAAAACAGCAGCCAUUGUGCAUGAAACUUAAGUAAUGCAUUGAAUUUAAAGGAAUAGUUUGGGAUGCUUUUGCCAUAUUUUGGGUGGCAUUUUAGCCACCUGUAUAAUUUGUUAAUUGUACUUAUUCUUGUGAAGUUUACUAUCUACAUUUUUGGCUUUUAAGAUCAAGUUCUGAAUGUAAUAGGAAAUGGGACAUUUCCCUUCGUGGCAGGUUUCCAUUGCACCGAAGUGAGGUCUUAGUUUUUUAAACUGGUACAUAAAACACUUUUCCCUGUUACUUCUCUGGAUGUAAUCAUUGUAGAAUGUCUUUACGUCUCAUUCAAAUGGGUUCUGAGCAAACACUGGGGAUUCAUUCACCUAAGUCCCCAUGAACCACCUCUGAAACAAAUGAAAACCGCAAAGCAUCUUAACUCAUUUUGUUUUUAAGUGGGGUUUAGACACCUGCCACUAAAGUAAAACCUGAAAAAGAGCAAGUAUUGGUCCCAAGUAUCACCAUGAAUUUUUUUUUCAAAGUGUGCAUUUUUUUAUACUGGUCUUUGUUAUCUUGUUUCAAAUAAAUGGAAAUGCAGCACUUUGCAAUCUAGUGUCUUCCUAUCAAGACAAGUAUCAGUGUUUACAACCUAGAGACACAUAAUAGAUGGAAGAGUUGUCGUUUAAAACAUCGUACAUGAUAUACCGCAGUAUCAUACAUUUGUGCUCUCUCUCUUUUUCUCUUUUUGUUUUUCUAGUUAGAACCAGAUAAUGAUGACUUGUGUCCUCCCUGAUUCUGUUACAGUAGGGACUGGGCUUAGAAUGUGACUGGCCUGUGCAGAUCUGUGUUUGUGAAACAGGCCUUGUGUGUGCACGUUUUGCUUUGAGUGAAGUUCUUUUAAAGACAAAGAAAAGCACACUUGUCUUUUUGGAGCAUAUCUGCUUUUGCUUAAAAUUUGAAAAUUCUGAAACGUAAUACUCCUUCACCAAUCCCAGAGACUCAUUUUGGGAGGGAAUUGGUUUCAAAACUGCUACUGUGAACAAAGCACUCCCGCAUUUUUGUGUUACUUCUUAAUUAAAUCUGUUCAGCCUAGAAACAGGGGAAUAAGCCCUUUCAAAACCCAUUCCAAGCACAAAAGAUUAUUUAUUUUUGUGUAAUUGUGAUAAUAGUUGAUUUGGGAAGGAUGGGAGUAGAUGUGUAGGAAUUGCCUUUUAUCAUCGAGUGAUUUCUUUCAAAAGCCUUUAAGGGGAUUCCGGUGAAGGAACCUCAUCUGUGCUGGAGAGUUGGACACUCCUUUAAAUAGGCCCCACCACGGUCUUAACAAUAGUGAUAAUGUUGGAUUAGGUGUUAAGCCAACAUUGUCUGCCUCAUAUACAUCAUGCUGUUUGCAAUAUUCUGGCUUUCAGUCAGUUUAUACUGAGUAUAACUUUGGGAUUUCUACUGUGAAAUGCAUGCUCCCUAUUCUGCUUUAGUUUCUGGCUUUGUCUGGUCUGUUUUGAAAUACGUAGCUUCCUUUUUUGUACAACAAAAAUUUGACUUUUACUAAAUGCACAGUCAGGGUUAUCGUUGAUUUUAUUUGCCUCUUUUUUAUGUAAUUGUGAAGAUUUUGGCCUCUGAAUGUAAUAAUAUUGAAAUCAAUGACACUGUAACUUGCACUGUUUUGCAUCAUGUCAACCUUUUUUGAGGGAGUAGAAAUGCCCUACUAUGUUUUUAAAGAAUAGCGAGCAUAAGCCCAGGACUGAGGUAGAUAUACACACUGCAUGUUUUUGUAUGUGGCACUUUUAUGUAUUGUGUUGGGUUAUUGUUCUAGAUUGGACUGUUAAAUACUAUGUUUGAGGCUGGGUUGUCAUUUUUAUAACUGUCUUGGUGUUUUACCGCCAUUAUUUAUUACUUUUGAUAUACAGAAUGAGCUGCAUGCAUUUAUAGAGCAAUAAGAGGAUGUAUUUAAUGUGCCUUGUUUUUAACUGAAUAAGAACUGAAAGCAUGAAUCAAUAAAACUGAUUAAAAUGGUCCAUUUGCUGGCAGUUUGAUGUUACUUACAGUCAGACAGAUAACUUUGAUUACUGUUGAAGUAUUAAAAAAAAGUUUGAAAAUAUAUUCACAAACUAUAUUUUUAAGGACACUUACAUGUUAAUUCUUUUAGCUCGGAAGUUUGUAAUUUUAUCUCAAAAAUGAAAUAUCUGUGUAGACAGAUACAAUUUUAUGAUACUGCCAGAAUUAUUUGUAUUAAUUUGUUGCUGCAGCCUUUAGGGCAAGACUUCUGUAUUUGUGCAAUCCUUUUCUAAAAUUACAUUCAUCCUAUUACAGUUCA